AUGAGUGAUCAUAGUGAAGCCAUUGCAACAUUUCAAUCAAUUACAGGUGCAUCAAAAGAAGAAUCUACAUUUUAUUUAGAGAGUCAUGAUUGGGAUUUAGAAAAAGCAGCACAAACUUUUACAACAUUACAAGAAGAAGAAAAUCAAAGAAAUGAUCAACCACAAAUUGAAGAAGAUUAUGAAGAUGAGGAAGAGGAAGAUGAUCAUAGAGAUCCAAUGCCAGCAUCAAGACCAGUAUAUAGUAAACCAGUUGCAAAAACUGUUAGUAAGAAAGCACCAGCAGGUGGUAGAGUAGGUGGUAUUAGAACAUUAUCAGAUUUCAAUAAUGAUGAUCAUGAUGAUCAUGAUCAUAGUGAUGGUGAUGAUGAUGAAGAUGACAGAUCUCAACAAUAUUUCACUGGUGGUGAAAAGAGUGGUUUGGUGGUUGAAAGUGCACCAAAGAAAGGUAAAAACGGUGGUAGUGGUGAUAUUGUAAACGAUGUAUUCGAUAGUGCCAAAAGACAUGGUGCUGUUGCAUCCAAUGAAAAGAAAGUUGAAAAACCAGAUUCAUUCGAUAGUGUUGGUUAUCAAUUGGGUGCCACUGAUCAAGGUAAUCGUAAUGUAAGCAAACCAAAGGAAAAAGAUCCAAAUUCUCAAGUCGUAGAAGUUAAAGUCACCUUUUGGAAUCAAGGUUUCACCAUUGAUGAUGGUCCACUUCGUAAGUAUGAUAAUCCAGAGAAUAAAGAAUUACUCGAUGAUAUUCAAAGGGGUAUUGUACCACGUGAACUUCAAAAAAAAGCAACCACUCCAAAUGGUUUAUCUGUAACUUUGAUAAAUAAUCAUAAUCAAGAUUAUGUUGAACCAGCAAAACCAAAAUAUGUUGCAUUCUCUGGUGGUGGUCAAACUUUAGGUAGUUCUUCCACCUCAACAAAUAAUAAUAAUAAUAAUAAUAAUAAUAACAACAAUAGAGCAACCACUACUUCAACUACUACAACUUCAACACCAAAUGUAUCAUCAAUCAAUGUAGAUCAAUCACAACCAACAACAACAGUUCAAAUUCGUUUAGCAAAUGGUUCAAGACUUUCAACAACCUUUAAUCACUCUCAUACCCUUCAAGAUGUUAUUAAUUAUAUCAAUAGCUCAAGUGGUUCAAAUCAAUCUUUUGAUCUUUUAACUGGUUUCCCUCAAAAACCAGUCACAAACCCAACUUCAACAACUUUAAAAGAUGCUGGUUUAUUAAAUGCUUUAUUAAUUCAAAAAUUAAAAUAA